UCUUUAUGCCAUCUAUUCUUGAGUGUUAGGUCUUAGUCUUUUUUUCAAAUAGUAUUGUUCAUCUAAUUUUGAGUUACAGUACAUCGUGACAUGUUAUAAUCAUUGAAACGAAAUCAUUAUAGCACAUUAAUUGCACUGAGUAACAAAAGAAUCCCUAGCAUAGAAGAGCGAGCGAAUCCUCCCAUGUGAAUGAAGCAUUGGAGUUCAAAUCCGAACUUUUUUUUUCAUUUAAAAGCUAGAAUUAAAAUAAAAUUAAACAGUGUGUUUCUUUGAACCUACACCAUUUUGUAUGGUGGAUGAUGACUGGAGUGUUAACAACACAUAAGUUGCAACAUGUCUAAUAAUAUUAGGCCUGAUAGUGCUGCUAUAGGUGAUGUUCUAGUGCUUACUAAACCAUUAGGUACGCAAAUUGCAGUAACUGCACAUCAAUGGUUGCAACAACCUGACCAUUGGAAUAGAAUAAAGGGGGUUAUAUCAGAGGAUGAUGUGCGAAAAGCUUACCAGAGAGCAAUGAACUCCAUGACUCGGCUAAAUAUUACAGCUGCCAGCUUGAUACACAAGCAUAAUGCACAUUGUUUGACUGACCUAAAUGGGUUUGGAUUGCUGGACCAUGCUCAGAAUUUGGCUAGAUAUCAAAAGAAUGAAGUUUCAUUUAUAAUUUAUAAUCUACCUGUAAUUGCAAAGAUGGCAGCUGUUGCUAAAGCAUGCGGAAAUAUGUUCCAACUACUUCAAGGUCAUUCACCUGAAAUUUGUGGUGGAUUACUGAUUUGUUUGCCACGAGAAAGGGCGCAUGCCUACUGCAAAGAUAUUCAAAAACAAGAAGGGUAUCAAGCCUGGAUUAUUGGUAUUGUGGAAAAAGGAAAUCGCACUGCACGUAUGAUAGAUAAACCACGUGUUAUUGAAGUUCCAGAGAAGGAAAAAGAUGGAGAAUUAUGGUAG